AUGAGGCUUGAUGUUACAUGGGUUCCUCACUACAACCGUGAAGCAUUUAUUACAACGUGUCACUUAACUGUUAUGGAGAGUCAGCACUUAAAACAAGCAGUAUCCAUUCUCGAGUCCGCGCAGUCGCGUGCAAUGCUGUACAGUCUUUCAAACCGAGGCGUGUCCUCAGUGCCAGCGCCCUCACGGCCAGUGACUAAUUUUUCCAUCAGCAGGAUCCUGGGUCUGGAGAACAGUGAAAUACGUCAAGACACGCCUUCCACUGUAUUCAACGAGCACCGUCACAUCUCCAUUCAGGCGCCGAGUACUGAACACAGCCGCAGCGACAACAGCUCACGAUCAUCUCCUAAUUACAGUUCCAACAGCGAUUGUGACAGCGAACACGAUCAACUACCGACACCCUCCGAGAGAGUGGCGAAGAAAAAACGACAGCGCACGACCUUCUCACUGUUUGAAGUGUGGGAACUGGAACGAGUGUUCAAGCGGCAGCCAUAUUUGAUGCCCGAAGACGAGAAAGAUCUCAUACAGAGCCUUGGGAUCACGGCUAGAAGUCUGAGGUACUGGUUUCAGAACAGACGAGCAAAAUCGCGAAGAGAAGGAAGAAAGGUUCUGUCCGAAUGUCAGAGAAACUCGCUCGACCAGUUUGGAAGACUACCAAAGAAGACCUCGGUGCAGCCCCCUUCAAAUCCCUGGAUACAGGCUGAAAAGAUGUCAUACACCGAAGUAAACAAACACUCAGCAAAAUUGAAUACAAGGAGCGGACCGAUCUUAGUAAAUCAUCGACACCUGUCCAUCAAGUCUGAUCAGCGAUGUGCCGUUCACCUUCGUUAGUACCCAUGCUCCGUCCGUACCAGUUAA